UCUCUUUCUUCUCUCUUCCUCAUAUUUAUUACUUCACAAACAGAGAAAAAAAAGAAAGAAAAAUUAAAUAAAAUUUUUAUAAUUUAAUGUGAGAAAUAUCAAUUCGGUAUAACAAUCCGAGAACGAAAAGGGUUUGGUUUGGUGGUGGUGAGUACCGGCGGGGUGGAUCCGACGGCGAUGGCGAAGACCGGUGUAUUCGAAUCGGAUCCGACGGCGAUUGCGAAAGCCAAGGAACUGAAGCGUGAGAUGAGAAAGUUACUGAUUAAGAUCGAAGAAGAGGAUGAUGAUUCAGGUGUUCAGGCUAUCGAUCAGUUACAGGAGGCUUUGUCUGCGUUGAGAGAGGCGACGAUGAGGAGGAAGAAAUCUUCUUCUUUAGAGAUGCUUGAGACUACUGUCUCUUCUUGUCCUGACGAGUUUCGUUGUCCUCUUUCUAAUGAGCUUAUGAAGGAUCCCGUCGUUUUGGCUUCUGGUCAGACUUAUGACAGAUUGUUUAUCCAGAAGUGGUUGAGCUCAGGCAAUAGAACAUGUCCCAAGACUCAGCAAGUUCUGCCUCACACGGCUUUAACUCCCAAUCUCUUAAUCCGUGAUAUGAUCUCAAAAUGGUGUAAGAAGAUUGGUCUAGACACGAAGAACCAGUAUCAUCCCAACCUUGUGAAUGAAGAAGAAGCUGUGACAAGAUCAGAUCGUGAGAUUUUUAAUUCUUUGCUCUGUAAAGUCUCGUCUUCAAUCCUUCAAGAUCAAAAAUCUGCUGUCAAGGAGCUAAGGCUUCUGACCAGGAAAGGUACUGAGUUCAGAGCUCUCUUUGGCGAGUCUCCAGAUGAAAUCACCCGGUUGCUGAAUCCGUUGUUACACGGGUCAAACCCUGAUGAGAAUCUUCAAGAAGAUGUGGUCACAACAUUGUUGAACAUAGCUAUUCAUGAUGACAGCAACAAGAAGCUUGUUUGCGAAAACCCUAAUGUGAUUCCUCUCCUGAUCGAUGCAUUGAGGCGUGGAACGGUAGCCACGAGAAGCAAUGCAGCUGCAGCGGUAUUCACUCUGUCUGCGCUCGAUUCGAACAAAGUACUUAUAGGUAAAUCAGGGAUCCUGAAACCGCUUAUUGAUCUCCUCGAAGAAGGGAAUCCACUGGCUAUCAAAGACGUAGCUGCAGCUAUCUUUACACUUUGUAUUGCCCAUGAAAACAGGAGUAGAGCCGUGAGAGACGGAGCUGUUAGGGUUUUAGGUAAGAAAAUCUCAAACGGGUUGUAUGUGGAUGAGCUUUUAGCUAUAUUGGCAAUGCUGNUUACAAAUACCAAUGAGAUUUUUUUUUUUAUUCUACGGUUAAGAAAAGAUCAUUCCCAUGAAAAAAGAAAGACAAACGAAUCCUAA